AUGCCGGAAGAAGUCGAUUCCAACGGAGGCGAGGUCUCAGAUGCCAUGUCUGAGAAUGAGCAUGAGUACGACGACAACGACGCCUCCUUCAAAGACGACGACAAGAUGACUGAGAGCACCAUAAAACAAGAGGUCGGCCCUGACGGCGAGGUCAAGAAAAAGUAUGACCCUAAGGAUCCUCUGCGACCAAGGAGGAAGAAGGCGAGGAGGGCUUGUUUUGCUUGCCAGAGAGCUCACCUUACUUGCGAUGGAGUCCGCAAGAAGGCCAAAUAUCUUCAUGAUGCUCCGCCAGAAGCCUUGAGGCCGGUUCUGGGCCCAAAUUACAAUCCCAACGCACCUCAGAACCGGCCGAACGGGCAUCGCCACCCGUCCAGCACUGGCUCUGAAGCAUCUUCCAACGUCGGCAGCUUCUUUUCGCCAACAACCUCCUCCAACCCAUACCCUCUCUUCUCGCCACAGUCGGCGCUGGGGUCAAUAUCGGAGGGCAUGGCCUUCGCCAGCCAACAGUCUCCCGUAUCCCCCACAUUCCAGCCACCGAAUCCUCCGCAAAUGAGUGGUCUUACUGUCCCUCAGGUCUCGGGAGAUAUAUCUGACAUGACCUCGGCCUUCUUCGACCCAAGCAAUCCCGCGCUGUACAACUUCAACCUUGAGGGUUUGAACUUUGGGAGUCAGUAUGGCGCCAUGGAAUUCAGCAUGCUCAACCACAUGGCAUCCGGUGCUGCUGACACGCCGCCACGGGAGCCGUCAUUCUCCCAGGCUGGCGCUGGCGAGACCAACUUUUCAGCUGGUGCUUUCGGCAAUGGUAUGCAACAAUUCGACGGCGGUAUGAUCGGCGAUAUCCUCUCCAUCGACCAGUCCGGCAACCCCCUGUAUACCCAAGGCAACCUCCAGCACGGUCUCCCUCAUGCUUACGCCAUUGCUGCAGGCCCAACAAGUUUACAAAGCCCCAGCACCGACCAUGACAGUCCUCAGCCCAGUCACGGCCUCGGCUACGAAAGCUCACCGACAGCAACCUACCACAACGGACCUGGUCCGCAGGUACUCGGCGCUCAAAACCGUCCAAAGGCAAAACCCGGCAUGCCCAAGGUCUUCCCGCAGCCUCUGCUUGGCAAGCGACAGCGGGACCCGUCGACCAUCUAUGACACGGUCAAAGAACCGUUCCAAUACGUGCACAACUUCCACCGGCUGAUGGGCUUCCUACAGCGAAGGUUCCGGACCAGCAACGAUAAGCUGGUCCGCAUCGCCGUAGCGCUCUCGAGCUUCCGACCGUCUUUUAUCUCGGUCACCCGAACACUGAACCGGGCCGACAUGGUGUUCAUGGAAAAGUGCUUCCAGCGGACACUAUUCGAAUACGAAGACUUCAUGCAUCAUGGCUCCAGCCCCACCAUUGAGGUUCUUCUCGGGAAUGAGGUUAACAUGAACGUUAAUACGGGCGGCAGCGCGGGGGCGUCAGGUGCGACCACCGACACACUGACGACCCCGAAGCUUGGCAGUCUGAACGAUCAGACAGACAAGAGCAAGACUCCCGGGAACGAACGGCACCCUCUCUUCAUAGCAGAGCUCAUGGACGACGACAGCGUCGUGCAAUACUUUGAGGACUUUGCGCAUCUCGCCUUCGGCGACAGCCGGAGCAGCGUGAUGAGAAAGUGCAGACUGCUCAAGUACCGCACGCAGGAGAGCAUUGACGGCACGGCAAGCAAUUCCAGCGUCAACGAGUCCCCGCCAAAAGACCCGAGGGCGAUGUUCCUCAGCAACAGGGUCGCGAGAAUCGACGGAGAGCACGGCAUUUCGAGAAUUGCCAAGGACGGCAAGCUGGAAUGCACGUAUUGCUGGGUCAUACGAAGGGACACGUUUGAUAUGCCCAUGAUGAUUGUCAUUAAUUUCCUACCUUGUUAUUAUCCUGAUCAGCACCCACAUGGUCUGGCGGUGUAG